UCGACAUAACCGUCGAUAACCGGAUUUCCAAAAUUUUCUUGACAAGUGAUCCGAUAAAGCGGCUGCUUUCGUCAUCGAAAGGUUUAGGUGCCAGGCUCAGAAUGACGGUUGCUGUUGUGCCCCUAUGA